AUGACUUCUAAUGAAUUAAUAUCUAAAAUUGGUUCAAGUUCCGGUUCUGGAAAGACCAGUAAAUUACCAUUGAAACCAAUCCAGCCGACGCAAUACUGGACAUUUGAAAAUGCGCUAAGUUUAAUUAAACAUUGCCAAGAUCCAUACAUUCUGGAAGCCUUGAAUGAGUUCUUGCUCUUAUCACAAAAUAUUAUUACAACUCCGUUGCCAUUUAAGAACGAUCCAAAUCACUCGAGUAAAAUAAACUCUAAAACAAGGGAGAUUUCUAUAAGAGGGAUUCUCUACACAGACAUUACCGAGCAGAAUAUCAAGGAUGCCGAGGAAAUCCGCAAGAUUUUACCAUUUGAUUUGGACAUGAGAGAAAUUGUGCGAGUCAUUUCGCAAACAUCCAAAAAAGUUCCUUCAAAAAAUACUUUGCUGUCAUUUGAUGGUGGUGCUAGUAACUAUAUCAAGAGCAAAUUAAGCGACGACAAAGAGCACAGGGAUCAUGCUAGGAGACUUACUUUAUACAUUUGGAGUAUUCUACGAGAACAGAGGAUCAUCUUGAAAAUUGCAUGUGAAUUGUUAUUCAACAAGACUGAUGAAUAUGCUUCGACUGUCAUUCGCAAUUUAGGCAAGGAAAUUUUCUUGUCCAAAGAUUAUAUUUCAUCGUUGAUUUCGUCAAUUCAGCUGACUAUAGAAGUAUUGCUUACAGGCUCGUAUUUAACCGGAAGGUCUGAAGAUGUGGAUGAUACUAUUGCCAAUGAGACUGUAUUGUUUUGCAUUCAAUCAUGUAAAAUCUUGUUUGAAGUAGCUCUUCAAAACCCACUAAUUGAUAAAGAAAAUGUAACUGCGUGGUUUAAAAUAUUGAAGAAAACAGAUUUUGGAGUUGCACUUGGCCCUAAACUCAAAUAUCACGAAUCAUAUGAGGAAUUACAAGCACUUUUUUCAGCAAUAACAAUUGAGUUUUUGGAUUUGGAAAAUAGUUAUGAUUUUGUCUCAGACGAAAACCAACGCCUGUUGUCAUUUGUGGUGGACCCAAAUGUUUUCAAUUUUAUCAAUGAUAUCGUGACGAGCAGUUAUUGCACUAAUUCUAUGAUUAUGUUUGCUUGGAAAAUUAUAUUGUUGCGCAAAUUUUAUUUUUACCAAGAAUUUCCAAAUGCGCAAACAUCUAGAGCUUUUGAAAAUGUUUUCUCAAAUUCUCAGAUGCAAAUUGCAAUUGCUGAUUUGGACAGCAAACUAACAACUUUAGAAGUUUAUUUGAACUUGCAAAGAAUCAAUAAAAUUUUGUGCCACGACAAGUCGUAUCUGGCGGUGCUUUCUACUGUUAUCACCUCGUCAAUGCCGUUACUAGAGCUCACUCCAGAAAUAUCAGAUUGUAUUGCAAAUGUGAUGCGCAACUGUCCAAAUGAUGUCAUUGAGAGUUUUUUCACUAGUGAAGCUACAACUGAUGCUAUCAUCUUAUCUCGAGCCAAAUUUCCUUUACUCAUCUCGCCUUACUUGAAAUUAGCCUCCAUAAAUGGCAAUUUUGCCUUGCACGAAUUCAAUUACCUCAAGUCUUAUAUACAAGAUUUUGAGAAAGAUGAGUUUGACAGAAUCUACCAAAUUGACGACCUGGAUCCCAACUUGGUACGCAUCAAGGAGGAUGUGUUUGUGGCACCGCCAUUUGAAUCAAACAAAAAGAUGACUAUUUGUUUGGAAACAGGUACCAAAGCCAAACUUUUGCCCUCUAGCAAACCUGGUACGGUACUUGUCACAUUCCUAUACCAAUACAAUGGAUGGGCAUUUUUAGGCAGAGUGUUGCAGAAUAUUUUGAAACUAAACAAAAUAGAUCCUUUGCAAGAAGUGGUUCUAAUUGACAUUCUUAACUUAAUGUACAGUGUUGCUGUUGAUAACACCGAUGAUGGCACUGAAUUGAUUUUGGAGGCAAUGUCUGCUUACACUGACCAAGCUGAUGUUGUUGAGUUGAUUUUGAGGCUUCUUGAGCUGGCUUUACGCGAAAGAAAUGUCAAGUUACUGACGACGAUAGUUCGCUUAUUAACAAGCUUGGUUCCAUUUGCAUCUGAUAGAAUAUGGUCACACUUGCGAAAAUCGUCAUUGUUUGCUGUGGAAGGAGGUGAAGGUAGAGCGCGGGCUAUAUUCAAUGCUAUUGAGCUGGUCAAUGGCAAUUACUCAUUCUCCUUGUCCAUAAUACAACUUGCACAAGCUUUGGUAUCCCAAUCCAUAAGCUUGAGCAUAAAUUCGUUGAAUCUGAAUAUUAGGGAACAAAUAAUGACGAAUAUCGUUAGCCAUUUGAUUUUUCUUUUUGAAAAUUUCAGCAACUGCAGAUUCAAUGUUUUUCUGGAAAGGUUGGAAAUGGGAGUUUUGUUACUCGAUAUUUUCUCGACAAUAUUAACAACCACGUAUGGUAUUAAAAAAUUCGAUCAAGAUUACAGCAAAAAAGGAAUUGUGGGCCAAAUUUUUCACACAGCUGCAAAAUCAAUCUUGGAUUCCUUUUUAGCAGUAGAUGUUGACUGUGCUAGCUCUGCUGCUGCGCCGAUAUUGAAUACUUUAGGCAACGUGGCGUCAAAUUUGGAUCUGUACGAAUUGGCGGAUACUUCUGGAUUUUGGUAUGACACCUGGAUCCGCUGCUGCUUUUCAUUUGCGCAGUUAUUACUCGACUAUCGUACAUACUUGAACUUGGAGCCAUCAGCACUUGAAAAGGCACUCUAUCACAAAGCCGCUGAUCUUGUUACGAUAUUUGCCACUGUAGAAUCAUAUGGGAAAAUUGUGUUAGAUCUUCUUUCAAGUUUGAUUAAAAGUGGCAAUUGGAAAGGAAAAGAAGGAAUUUUCGAGCCGUCAUUGCUUUCUCACCUCGGAACAUAUAAUGCACAAAUAUUAAAAGAUACAGUUGCUGCAGGUCUCAACAACACUUUUGACGACUACAAGAUGAAAAUCGCAAUACAUGAUUUUAUCUGCGCGGUAAUGACUAGCAAUCAAGAAGGGCUUGUUGUAUUUUUCCACACGGGUAAAGAUGCAUUCAUCACGACAAAAAAAGAUGGCACUGACAAAGAGGGAGAAAUAGUUGAUGGAAAGGAAAAAACUUUGGGUCAAAACAAUAACUCCCUUAUUCAGUUAUUAAAGAAAAAUGUCAGAGAGAUGAAGUAUUACCCAAAUUCCGUCAGCAUUCAUUUGGUCGAUGCACUUGCUUUAGCGUGUAACUCGUGGACUACUGUAAGAGAAUAUAAGCAUGAUGACGAGUUUAUCGAAAGCUUGAUUGACCGGAUUAAGCUUCAGAUCACUGGUACCCCAACAUCGCCCGAGGCAUUCAUCAGUCGGUGCUAUGAAAUCAAAUUAGUUGCAAAGAUUGCAGAUAUCUUGGCUCUUUAUUUGUUCACCACGAAAAAUGAAAAAUGCGGGAAAAAAAUAAUUGAUUUUGUUAAUUCUGAUGACUUUGUUGAGAUUGCAGAGAAAAAGUUUGUAAUUACGCAUUACCAACCUACACUUUAUGCAAAUCUUCAAAACUCGUUCGAGCAAGCAUUUCCCAAUCUUGAACUUUCCCAAUUUCUCAGUAAGCCACCAGCUAAGCGAAAUAGGAUUGGGGUUAAUGUAAUUUACAACUUGGCUUUAAUGGAUGAGUUUUUCAAAAAUGAAAAAGAUUGGGUACUGAUUAGGGAGCAACUCAUAGCUUCAAGUAUAAACCUGCAAUUUGUCACCUCGCAAUUGGAAAGUGCCAAAUCUUUUAGUGUUUUGAUAACUAGUUUUUGCAGACGCUAUGAGGGAGCAUUUAAUGAGCAAUUGUUGAGUUUCGCAAAUUUUCUUUUGUUAACUAAUGUUAAAGAGAAUAAUUUACUGGAUCAAUUCAAGGAAAUAUAUUUCGAGAGAAUCGAGUUAUCGUUUUACUUAAUCUACUCCUUCUUUGUGACCAAAGAUAAAUCAAAGGUUCUGGACAUUGAUGUUUUUGAUGUUAUAAAGAGCUUGAGUUAUUUGCUUUCCUCGAGACUUCAAGUUCAGUAUCAUCAUCAUCAUCAUCAUCAAGAAACCUUGUCAGUUGAGGAUCCAGUGCGUUCAAAGGAACUUUACAGGUUAUUACUCAAAACAAUAUAUUCUGCGUUGAGUCUUAUAAAAGACAAUAUCAAAGUGAUUACAGAUUUUCUGAGUGUUUUUGGUGACUUGUUUGACUCAAUUGUGAUCAAGGGCAUCAGACUGUUAUCAUUCGAUAUUCAAAAUGAGGUUUAUUAUGCGCGUCUGGGAGAAGGCAAGGUUAACAAGUUGAAAAUUGCAUCAGCAUUUGAAGAUCUACAAUUGAUCCUCUCGAUAUUAAAAGUGUUUACCGGCCUCAAGAGUCAUGGGGUGAUCCUCAUGCAAAAGAUUGUGGAACUGAUUGAUGAAUCUAGUACCGUAAAGACUUUGCUUCAUAUUUAUGCAAACUCAUUGUACCCUGAGUUGGAUGACGAGUUUGCUAUUGCGCAAUUGAGCUUGGAAUUUUUACGACAAUUGAUGUCUAUUCCAGCACUUGCUAGAAGCAUAGUCUCGGCUGGUUUGUACAUUGCACUAUUGGAAAGUCCCGUUUCUAGAGUGUUGCGUAAUGGAGGAAUGUCGAUUACUAACGAACCCAAGCACUACCAUCUUUGGGUAGAUGGACUUUUACCAAUUAUAAUAACAAACAUUUCUGCUGUGGGGCCAUCAAUUUUUCCUGAAGUAUGUGUUGUUUUAAGAUUGUUGAGUAAGCAGGUUGAGUAUGCACUAGGUAACUGGGCAAGAGGGGAAAUUUCUACGGCCGCUGUUGCGGAAACAAGUCAACUUUUAGUGAUAUAUGACCUUUUGAACUCGGUCGAGGUUACCGCUGAAGUAAAAAUCAGUAUUGGCGAUUUUCCGGGCUUGAACACAGAGGAGAAAAGGGAAGAGUUGGUUGAGAGCUUGAAUAAUUUAACAAAGCAUCCGAAAUACUUGAGAUCACGAAUUGCUAAAAGUAAUCCACACCAGGUGAUUGAUGAUGAUGUCGUGAAUAACAUAGUUGUUUCUAUUAGAGAAAUGGCAAAUACACUUAAUUAG